AUGGAAGACCUUUAUGUGGCAAACACAAUUUUUGCCCUCAAUUUCUUCAAGCAUCUGGCAAUAACAAGCCCCACCCAGAACCUCUUCUUUUCUCCAUGGAGCAUCUCAUCCACCAUGGCCAUGGUCUACCUGGGCUCCAGAGGCAACACAGAAGACCAGAUGGCCAAGGUGUUUCAGUUUGACAAAGUUGAAGUCAAUGAAGUCACCUCAGUGACCCCAGACAACUUCACCGGUUGCCAAUUCAUGCAGCAGAUCCAGAAGGGUACUUAUCCUGAUGCUAUUUUGCAGGCACAAGCUGCAGAUAAAAUCCAUUCAUCCUUCCGCUCUCUCAGCUCUGCAAUCAAUGCAUCCACAGGGGACUUUAUAUUGGAAAGUGCCAAUAAGCUGUUUGGAGAGAAGUCUGUGGGAUUCAAGGAAGAAUACAUGAAACUCUCUAAGAAAUAUUACUCUACAGAACCCCAGGCAGUAGACUUCCUAGAAUGUGCAGAAGAAGCCAGAAAAAAGAUUAAUUCCUGGGUUAAUACUCAAACCAAAGGCAAAAUCUCAAACCUGUUACCUGAAGGUUCUGUAGAUGGGGAGACCAGGAUGGUCCUGGUGAAUGCUGUCUACUUCAAGGGAAAGUGGAAAACUCCAUUUGAAAAGAAACUGAAUGGGCUUUAUCCUUUCCGUGUGAACUUGACUAAGCGGACACCUGUACAGAUGAUGUACUUGCAUGGAAGUCUGAACAUUGGAUACAUAGAAGACCUAAAGGCUCAGAUUCUAGAACUCCCUUAUGCUGGAGAUGUCAGCAUGUUCCUGUUGCUUCCAGAUGAAAUUGCUGAUGGCUUGAACUCCACUGGCUUGGAGUUGCUGGAAAGUGAAAUAACCUAUGACAAACUCAGCAAGUGGAUCAGCCAAGAUGGGAUGGCUGAAGAUAACGUUGAAGUCUACAUCCCCCAGUUCAAAUUAGAAGAGCAUUAUGAACUCAAAUCCAUUCUGAGAAGCAUGGGCAUGGAAGAUGCCUUCAACAAGGGCCAGGCCAAUUUUCUAGGAAUGUCAGAGAGGAAUGACCUGUUCCUUUCUGAAGUCUUCCAUCAAGCCACGGUGGAUGUUAACGAGGAGGGCACCGAGGCAGCUGCUGGCACCGGGGGUGUUAUGACGGGGAGGACUGGUCAUGGAGGUCCACAGUUUGUGGCAGAUCAUCCUUUCCUCUUCCUUAUCAUGCACAAAAUAUCGAAGAGUAUUUUAUUUUUUGGCAGAUUUUCCUCACCUUAA